CUGGACGCCAGGCUUCCAGGGGGUUGCGAGCGCGGGCGCUGUCCGCAAGAGAACUGGUCCUGAAACGCGGGGGUGCACUAGCAAGCAGCCGCUCUCUCGGUGGAUGCUUCGCUAUUUUCGACACAUUUAAAGCACCUCAUCCUGCCCCUCCAAUGUUUUGGGGUUUGAGCCAAGAGAAGAAACUCCUUUCCAACUCGUGCGGGACAGGGCAGCUGGAGUUGGGCAGAGAAUCGCUUUAAAAGCGGGGACGAUUCUGAGCAAGUGCCUCGCUUGUCCUUUUUCCUUACGAGUUCGUUGGAUAUGACACUCGGACGGGGGAUCGCUCACUUGCCAUUUCGAGCUUUAUUGAUGAGACAUCACGCAAGACAGGAAUGGAAGACACAACUAUUUGUGGAUUUGUGACAUUUGCAGUUAAUGAAACAGAUUUUUGAUUUGUUUUUGAGUUUUUUGUUUGUUUUCCUUGUGAGACUAAGCGGAGAAAGUUGCGCCAAAGGUGGACCUGCACGACCGGAGACCUGAGCCCGCGGGGGCCAGGGAGGUCUUUUUAAACAUUUUGAAACACUUUUGACAUGUUUUCCGAUUUGGCAUGAACGCCGUGAAUAUUAGCCGAACAUUUUAAAGGAUGAGUGUCAUUACCGUUCUUUUUUUGACCGACUGUCGCAGCUCGUCCCACUGAGGACAGAAUUUUGACACCACUUUUUUCGUUGAGAUACAAAUAUUUUAAAUAUUUUUUUAAUUUCUCAAUGCUUCAUUUAUUUCACUUCAGCUGUGGACAGUAACAAGCGAACGAAACAAACAAAAGUAGACUUCGUCUUUUUCUUUUUAAGGGAACUACUUUGCAUCAACCGGAGGUCUAUCAAAUAGAGGUUGGCUCAAGUCUGCACUUUUUCUUUCUAUCUUUUUCUUUCUUUUUAAACCGGGGCCCUCGAGCCCCACCGCCCACAUGGAGAUCCACUGUAAGCACGACCCAUUUGCGGCUAUGCACAGACAUGGCGGCGUGAACCAGCUUGGGGGUGUAUUUGUAAACGGCCGACCUCUUCCCGAUGUUGUGCGACAGCGAAUAGUUGAACUCGCCCACCAAGGUGUGCGUCCCUGUGACAUCUCCCGCCAACUUCGGGUCAGCCACGGAUGUGUCAGCAAAAUACUGGGAAGGUACUAUGAAACGGGCAGUAUUCGGCCCGGUGUCAUCGGGGGAUCCAAACCAAAGGUUGCUACGCCCAAAGUGGUCGACAAGAUUGCCGAUUACAAACGCCAAAACCCCACCAUGUUUGCCUGGGAGAUCCGAGACAGGCUCCUGGCCGAGAGAGUGUGCGACAACGACAGCGUGCCCAGCGUCAGCUCCAUCAACAGGAUCAUUCGGACCAAGGUUCAGCAGCCACCGGGUCAAACGGGCUCAGUAGCGGCUCACAAUUUAGCGACAUCAGUGGCGGCUACGCAGGUCUCUGCGGUGACCAGCGACUCUGCCGGCUCUUCGUAUUCCAUCAGCGGCAUUCUGGGUAUCAGCUCAGCUGCUGAUAUUGGCAAGAGGAAGCGGGAUGAAGGUCUGCAGGAGUCGCCGCUGGCCAAUGGGCACAGCCACAGCGGGCGGGACUUCCUCAGGAAGCAGAUGAGAGGGGAGCUGUUCUCGCCGCAGCAGAUCGAGGUAUUGGACCGCCUGUUUGACAGACAGCCAUCCUGUCCGAUCCAAUCCAGCUCUGACCUCUAUGCGAGCCCAGACCCUGGCAAGACAUCGGAUUACUCCUCCAUGGCCUCGCUAGCCAGUGGACUGGACGAGAUGAAGAACAGUUUGGCCAAUCCCGGCACCGGGGCGGAAUUAGGAGGCAGCGUGGCCGGCCCACAGUCCUAUUCACUAGUUCCAGGUCGAGACCUUGCCAGCACCACCCUGCCAGGCUACCCUCCUCACGUCCCCCCCACGGGACAGGGCAGCUACUCCACCCCCUCGCUCACUGGCAUGGUACCAGGAGGAGAUUUCUCUGGAAGCCCCUAUUCCCAUCCACAGUAUUCCACAUACAAUGAAUCCUGGAGAUUUCCUAACCCCAGUUUAUUAGUGUUUCAGCAAGAUUACGGCUCCAUCUUGGGUACUGAAAUCGGUUGUUCCUCCAGUCUCUUUACCAGCCAGGCGGGACAGAUGCAAGGGUCGCCGUACUACUACAGUGCGACAUCACGUGGGGCGGGACCCGCUGCCACGGCCACAGCCACAGCGUACGACCGCCACUGACUGCAGCCGUUGAGAAGAGCUGGCGGCAAGGGAAGGAGGGAGGGAGGCGAAAGGAUAGCACCAGCACUGCUCAGUUCAACAAGCCUGCCCCCACCCCCGUGCACGGACCACUCACAUUUUGACAAUUGUGAAUCUUUUUUGGACUGCCACUGAAACCCACCUACGCACUGCCAGCCUGUAAAAAGGUUACUGUGAGGACACGCAGUGCGACAGGUAGGCUCCAUCCGUGCAUUUCAAGUACGUACAUUUUUUGCAACUCUGAGGACCCUUCCACAACAUAAAACGUGGCUGGGUUUGCUUUCAACCCCUUACGAAUCCAAGAGACAUAUCCGCAAGCCGUGGUUGAACGUGAUCUUGUGGGCUAAUUGCUUUGUGACUGUGUGAUGGUUAGGAUUCUUGUUUUUCUGAUGAUACAGCGUGGCCUGGCUAGAGCAAAAUCAGACCACGCUUUUUUUUGUUAAAAACCAGCGGUCAAUCAAUUCAAAGUUCUAUGCCAUGUUACGCUGAAGUAAAGACAAUCCAACUUGCAGAACUUUAUAUGACCAAACCCUUUUAAUGCCAGCCUCUUGGAUUACAACACGGGUGGGGAACCUACAGCAUUCGAUUUGGACCACCAGCUAAAUAAAAUGCUCCCAAAUUAUCUGCAAUUGUUCAGAAUUUAUCCAGCCGUCCGUUUUCUAGAUCCAUAUUAAAGUCACAGCCUAUCCCUGCUGACUUAGGGCGAGAGUCGGGGUGCACCCGGAAGGUGUCAAAUUCAUUUUUCUUGCGGGCUACAUUGUCAAGUUUGUAUAAUCACUUCAAUAUAUUUCUUGGUAACUUUACCUGCAUUUCGUGGUUAUUGUAUACUUUUUUUAGACAACAGAUUGAAAUCAGAACUCAGAAAAAUUGUGAAAACCAAAUAUUGCUAUUGUUCAAUUUAUGUCAAGAAGAGAUUUGAUUUAAAUGAUAAAGUUGGUCAUGCCUACAGUAUAACAAUUGAGGAAAACUAAUUUCAGCACAGAUUUUCUGCCCAAAUCAAAAGAUCAAUUUAGCUACAAACAUGAAGUAGACAAGAAAAAUCAUGUGGUUGACAGAUCAGGUCGGACAUGGACAAAUAUUCACACUCAUAUGCACACCUAAGAACAAUUUAGAGUAAAAUGCUAAUUUUUGGUAUUUGGCUAAAACUCACACAAACACAGGGAGGAAAUUCAAACUCCACUCAGGAAGAUGAGAUUCGAACACCAAACCUCAGAACUGUGAAACAGAUGUCCCCUCAUUCAUCGCGCUCCCAUAGAUCAUAAAAAACAACACAAAUAUCUUCAAUUAUUUCAUUCAUUCAUAUUUCAUGCAUUCUGCUAUUUUUUAGCAGGAUGCCCUGAUGAAAACUGAAUUGGCCUGAGAUGGGUUCCCCACCCCUAGAUGACAAUAAAAUAACAAAACAGAUGACAAGGGUGAGCCUUUCUGACAAAGCACAGACCUCAAGUGUGAAAUGAAUACAGACAAUGUUGAAAUGAGGCCCAACCAAACAUAAACAGGGAGUGUUACCAUCCAGGAAGGUGCUAUCCAACCUACCCCGCCAAGAUUUAGUAGUCAUCAAGAGCUAUUUAUAAUGGUGGAGAAAGAGUAAUAUAUUGAGAGGCUUUUCUGCGCCGCACUCUGCAAUGAGAGUGAAUGCCUGUAACCAUUUAUAAUGUGUUGUGCUAGAAUAGUGAUGAUGAUGCAGUAAAAUCUUGAAAAAGAAAAAAAAAAAGAGAACGGUUGUUUGUUUAUAAAUGUGUUUCGACUGAGGUUUUCUUGUUUAAAAAAAAAAAAAAGAAAAAAAAAAAAAAAAGUUAGUCCAUAGCCAUUUUAAACACUUCCUGCUUAUUCUCAGACUCGGGAAAUCAGGAAGUUCAUAAAGAGUCCGAAAAUCAGGAAGUGGUGACAACCCUAUUUCUCCCCUCUCUCUCCCUCUCUCUCUCUUUCUCGCUGUCUCUGUUUGUCUUUUAAAUUCCCCAAAGAUGGCCCCCCCAGUGGAUCGGCUGACUAACUACAAAAGCACAAAGAGACUCUGUUAAAGGCGCCAUUUUUGUUUUCGGACUUUCUUAUUAAAUGUAGGACUUCUUGCUUGUUAUCAUUGACCUUUUAAUUGCUUAGCCUUCAGAUGUUUGACAUCCCAAAAUUGUUUUGUAAAAAUAUUCCAUUUGAGGGGGUAAAAGGAUCACAAGAAAUAUUUUGUUUUAUUUUGUCUCCUGUGUUAGUUCUGCGCUGUGACAAUUUAUGACACCAGGGUUGAGGCCUUAUCACUACCCAGGGUAGACACGGGAAAAGAUUUAUUGGCCUGUCAACAUGGAUCUGAAGUCAAUGGGCAAAGACCACAACGCUGGUCUGUGGUCAUGGGCAAAAGUUUCAAUAAUGUGUAUGUGCUUUCUGUCUUACAUCCUACAAAAUAUAUACCACAAUGGCUGAAAGAGAAGAGACACAUCAAAAUAUCAAUUAUUCACAUUUUAAAUUUAGAUUUUUAGUCAUGAUGAAUCAUAAAUUCCUAGGGGUUUAAAUUACAAAGAGGUUUUUGGUCUUAGGUUGUUUCAUUGUAGCAAUUCACUGCUACUGUGAUAAAUUGGAUGCACCAAAUAAAAUGUAUAAACAGUGUUAGCUUUUCAGUCUUUGUUAAUCCUCAGAUUCGAAAUGAGAAUUGAGCGUAUUCUUUUGUAUUUGUAGACCUUGAAAGUUGUGUGUGCACAACUCCAAAGAAAAAAUCUCCUGUCAGCUCUCUUAUUGUGCUGCCAGCACACACGCCACAAGCAGAAGCCUUUUCUCAGUUCUGUCUUUUUUUUCUAGAUCUUUCUGAGGCAUUAUUAAACCUGAACCACACCAGCUGAAAAGGAGGACAGUGCCUUUAACACCCCCUUCAACAUGACUGCAUGUCAUGAAAAACAAGCAUCCUGAACAAAAAUUCGAAACUAGCCAAGACAGUUGGAAACUACAAUAGGAUGGACACAGGAGUUUAACCGUGUUUCCUAGUCCUACAUCAGCCACAAAGAGGACAUUUCAGUCAGUUCUUAGCAGUAAAUUUUUUGUCCUUGGGGGGGUCACGGAAGGGUCAAGGGUAUAUGUCAGGGGGUCCGCAAAAUAAAGAUUUUUUUUUUUCUUUUUUAACAAACACUUUCAGAAAACAGCAAUAAACAUUUAUAUGUUCCCUACCAGGCACGUGGAAAUGUUGAGAAAAAUUCCCAGAAAAUUGCAAAAUACCCACAAGUCAGUUAUCUGGCCUGGUAGCUGGGGGGGGGGCAUAUUUCAGGGGGAGGCAGUAACCCUGCAGCAUUCACUCUAGCUCCGCCACUGGAUGUCAUAUCAUUAAAUAUAAACCAUAAUCAAACUAUUUACUAAUAUAUUAUUUACACAUUUUACAAAUUUUGAACAAUUCAUUUUUACAAAAACAAAUACAGGAGAUGACUGAAAUGUUCUUGCUGUGACCAUGAUUUGCAAUACACUCAAGGACCAAGUAAAUAACACAUCUGCUCAUUUAAUCCAAGCCGAACAUCUUUUUAACAUCCCAAACACACGAGCGCACAGACACACUUCUACCAUAUCGAUCGAAGGCCGUUCUCCUUGUGGAGGUGAAGCCAGAGGUGCCUCCUGUCCUCACUGGUAGACGCCUCAGCACUGAGGAGGCCCCAACUGAGUCCGCGUUAACAGGAUUAUUUGUCAACAAAAGCAUAGCCACACAGCACACCUUGCCAUUGCUAUGACCUAAUUGGCUCACACUGGCUGAAAGCGGCCCCUCAUUGGCCCACACCAAUGGCAGCCAUGACAUUGAGCAGGGAUGAGGGGGUGCUGGGCUGUCUUUGUGGGUGGUACCAGUGGUACUUAGAUUUAAGAACACACCCGUUCCUUUUGUCCUUUGCUGGGUGGGAUGGAACCCCCCCCCCCCAAUGCCCCAGUGUUCCCCCUGGGGAGACCAAAGCUGCUGCGCCAUCAGAAGCUCAUCCGCCUUCUCUCGCCCCAACUCUAAUCUCAUCAUAUCUACUCACCCCUCCUGUAGCACCACCACACAUCCAGGAUUAGGAAUAUUAAACUGUUCUGUUGUAUUUCAGACUCGUGACCUUCUCCCUCUUUUCUCCGGACCACCUAUUAAUCCUUAUUCCUACUUUUCUCACAUUGACUGAAUAGUCAGUUCACUCGCGAUGUUCGCUGCCCUGUCAGAAAUUCAUAAAAGGAAUAAAAGUCAGGCUUUUUGCGCCAAAGCGAGGUCAUUUCAAUGGCAAAAGUUGCGUCUCAUGAUCUCCCCUCUCACUAUUAAGACCCCCUACGUGAUGUUUUUUUUUCCCCCUGUAUUACAGUCUAGGCAAAUGAGCUUUUUCUUUAUUGGCUUUUUCCUCAACAUGAAUUCAUGAAGAUGGCCGCCGCCUUCAUAUAAAACCUGAGGGGAUUUCGGCAUCACAUUUUGACAGCAAUUAGUGGCACAAUCUGUUUGUUGCUUGCUGAUAUGAACCGCGCUUUGGACAGAUCUCAUAGUGAAGUGUAGCCAUGUUGGGUACGUCUUAAUUUUAUUCAUAAACAAGACAGUGUUAAAAAAAAAAAAUAGAGGAUGAUUUUUCACCUUACUGUGGCCUUUCGUAUAACAAUAUGGACUUUAUUUCACUUCAUGGCUUCCUAUCUGGGGUGUUAGAGAGAUGUUUAUAUUGGGAAGAGGCAUAAUAGUUGAUUCAAAUUCUGUCAAUCAAGUGAAAUUGAUUGACAGUUCAGUCAUCGUAUUGAAGAAAUUGACGAUAAUGGAAACAUACUCAAAUGCCCAUCGCUAAGACACAUCAGUAAGUAACAAAAACAAGGCAAAGUAGUUUUACACCAUUCUGAAACGACAACAUAUCUGUAACGUUCGCCAAAGCCUGUGAUGCCUGUUUGAAACUCUUGUAAAAAAUUAAAAUCAAAUAAAAAUGUUUCAGAAGACUUUCCAAGAGGGUAAAAGCCUUCAAAUAUCAAAGGGGGAGGAUUAAAAAAAAAAAAAAGACGUAAAAGAUGAGCUUCUUUAAAAAAAGUGUAUGUUUUCUAUUCACUUUUUUAGUCGUUGCAAAACAAAACUUGGUGUUUUAUCUCUUUUUGUGUGUUGUGUGUUGUCUGAAUAUUUGAAUGUAUUUGACUGCAGUGCCAAUUUGCCAAAGAUAUCAUAUAUCAGAGACCUCGCCUUUUGCUUUGCCGUUUGUUUUACUGCCCUAUUGUUGUUCAUAAAACUAGAAAUAAAUAGUAGAUAUGUUAUAUUAUUUUUGUAAAUUUAUAAUGGUAAUAUUAUUGUCAUUUUAUUUUUAUUUGGCAUUGAGUUUACACUGUGAACUACCCACUGACAGUUUGCUGUGAUGCAUCCUAUCAGUCUGUGUAUUUGUCCAUCUGUCCACCUGAGUGACUGUUGUUGGUGAUUUAUUCCAUUUAUGUACCUGUAAUGUGAAACGAAGAAGUAAUUAUUUGUAAAUAGUUGCCAUAAUUUUAUUGGUCCUUCAGAAUAAAAAAGUGAUAAUUUUA